AUGCCCUUCAGGGAAGUUGCCAAGGAAUUAGGGAGAAGAUGGUUGGCGUGCGAAAACAAAGAAAAAUAUCAAAUCAUGGUGGCCAAUGACAAAAAACACGAAAGGGAGAAAGAAUUAUACAAUGGUGGAUCAGCUGCAUCAGCCUCGACAACUGCAGCUGCAUUCAAGUUGGCUCAUCCAUAUAAAAGUGCACAGUCUCUGCAGUCUGAUACAAAUGCGUUUUGUUGUAGUGUGAAAGGUAAAGAUGAUGUGACUGACUUAGUUCAGAAGAAAUUGUGUGAAUUAGGCAAUGUGGAGCAGAAGAAUGCUGCCAACCUGCUGUCAUUUUGGUCAAAGCAAAGACAUUAUGAUAAAGAAUCUGAUAAAAAAAAUUAA